AUGAUUAAUGGAAAGCCAUGUCGAGUAUGCAAUGACUUCAAGACAUGGACCAAGGCUGAAAAGAAGAAUACCAAAACAAGCACUGCCAAGAGUGUGAACACAGACCCUGGACCUAAAGAGGAUGAGGAAACUUGGCGGCGUAACAACUGUCCGGCUGAUGUAGCAACCCUUGGAAGGUCAACUUGGACACUCCUGCAUACAAUGGCAGCCUAUUAUCCCGAAAAACCUGCAGAGGAAGAGAAGAAAAGUAUGACAAGAUUUAUGGAAUCUUUUGCUCAGCAUUAUCCAUGCUGGUUUUGUAAAGACGACUUCCAGAAGCACAUGGCUGCUGAGCCUGUACAAGUUGUAAGCCGUGAUGCAUUAAGCCAAUGGUUGUGCCGUAGACACAACGAAGUCAACGUAAAGCUUAACAAACCUGUAUUUGAUUGUACUAAAGUACUUGAGAGAUGGCUUACUGGACCUCCUAAUGGAAAAUGCGAUUAG